AGUUAGGUUCCACGUCUUUUCGCCUUCUUUCACUUUUAACUUAUUAUUAUCAUUGUUCCUCUAUUUUUUUAUUUUUUUUUCGGAUUUCUCUUGUGUUUGUAGCAUUGUCUUUCUUGAACAUUCUCCAAUUUUUAGUUCAUGAAUUCUUGAACUGGGUAUUGAUCUUCUUGUUUGAAGGUUAUAGUGCAGUAGAUUGUUUGUGCUUUUCGUUAAAGAAUUUGUGCUUUUCUUUUUUUCUUUUUCAGCAUGGUUGUUGGUUGAUGCUAUAAUUAGCAGUUUCAGCUUCUUAUUUUAACCGGGGACAAUAGAUUCUUGGAAACUUCACUUAGUUUAGUUAUGUCUUUAUAUGUGCAAUUUCUGCUUCUUAAGCUAAAAACUCUAUAAUUGAUAUGUUCUUUCUAUUACUGCUUAUUCUGAUUCAGAAUUCAUCAUGUGAACUUGCAUUUUUGGGGUUUAAAUUGGAUAAUUUGCAUGUAAAUAUUAUCACUUGCUCUGAUAGCGAAGUCAUGUUUUCUUUGUUUUUGUUAUGCAUUCUACAUUUCUGGGGUUCAUCUUGAGGGGUUUCCUUCUUGCGUAUUACGUUUCUGGGGUUUAUCUAAACCUUACUGCCAGAUGUGUAGGGCUAGAUUUUUAAAAUUCGCUUGAAGGCCACAAGGAGGUAGAGGGGGUCCAUAGAACUUACAAUGGAGCAAUAUGAAAUUCUAGAGCAGAUAGGCAAAGGUUCCUUUGGUUCAGCUCUUCUUGUGAGGCAUAGACAUGAAAAGAAGAAGUAUGUCAUGAAAAAGAUUCGUUUGGCUCGUCAAACUGAUAGAGCUCGCAGGUCUGCCCAUCAGGAGAUGGAGCUUAUUUCAAAAGUAAGAAACCCAUUCAUCGUGGAGUACAAGGAUUCCUGGGUGGAAAAGGGCUGCUAUGUGUGCAUUAUCAUAGGGUACUGUGAAGGUGGAGACAUGCAAGAAGCUAUAAAAAAGGCAAAUAGUGUUCAUUUCCCUGAGGAGAAACUUUGCAAGUGGCUAGUGCAACUGCUAAUGGCACUAGAUUACUUGCACGGCAACCAUAUACUCCAUCGAGAUGUCAAAUGUUCAAAUAUAUUUUUGACAAAAGAUCAAGACAUACGUCUAGGUGAUUUUGGCCUUGCUAAAAUGUUGACUUCUGAUGACCUUGCUUCUUCUGUUGUGGGGACCCCUAGUUACAUGUGCCCUGAGCUUCUUGCUGAUAUACCUUAUGGUUCCAAGUCAGACAUUUGGUCUUUGGGAUGCUGCAUAUAUGAAAUGGCUGCUCACAAGCCAGCAUUUAAAGCUUUUGAUAUGCAGGCACUGAUUAACAAAAUAAAUAAGUCUAUUGUGGCUCCUCUUCCUACUGUGUACUCUGGUGCAUUUCGAGGGCUUGUUAAAAGCAUGCUGCGGAAGAAUCCAGAACUUAGACCAAGUGCUUCCGAGUUGCUUAGCCACCCGCAUCUUCAACCUCAUCUUCUCAAGAUUCAUUUGAAGUUGAAUAGCCCCAGGCGAAAUACUUUGCCUGUCCGUUGGUCUGACUCUGACUUUAUUAAGAAAACUAAAUUUAGGGAACCAGAAGCUGUCCCCCAUUUUACUGACAGAGAGAAAAGACGAUCAUUCAGCAAUGACAGGACGUUGAAUCCUAGUAUAUCUGAAACCGAACAAGACUCCCUGGAUUCUUCACAUAGAGUAGAACAAUUCCCAAGUUACUUGAACCGAAGGUUCAGAGAACUGUCUUUUGGUGUUGCCCUAGAAGAGAUUGAUAUUCAAAAUGCUGUUACCACAAAGAUUUCAAUGGCUGCCAAAACCCCAAGAAUGAUGCCAGUAAAAGCUUCUGCUACUCCAAGGAGACAGACUCCAUCAAAGAUACCCCAUACUUGCUCAAAACGUGAUUCACUUCCAGUGUCAUGUACACCAGCAGGCAAAUCUCAAUCUACACGCAGAGCAUCUCUUCCAUUCCCCACGAGAGCUGGAAACUUCCCUACACCUUAUAGGUCUAAUGUUGGACUUCUUCCGAGCAUAGAAUCUCCAAAUGUUUCUGUCAAUGCCCCAAGAAUUGACAAGAUUGCUGAAUUUCCACUUGCUUCUUCUGAGGAUCCUUUUAUUCCCAUCCGUGGAACAUCAUCGACUUCAGCACAAUGCUCUUCUUCCUCUCCAGGCAGUGCUGAUUGCUCAAUCACAAAGGACAAGUGUACAAUCCAGGUUCUGGACAGAGCUAUUGCUAAGCCUGCUUUACCUGAUAUAAGCAAUGAAAUUACACGGAGUGGAAGUGAAUGUUCGGAGCAUAAUCCAACAGUGGCCAUUUCAAGCCGAUCAUCUUCUGAGUCUCGACUGCGCAGAUUUGACACCUCAUCGUACCAACAGCGUGCGGAGGCAUUAGAAGGGUUACUUGAGUUUAGCGCACGGCUCUUGCAACAGGAACGGUUUGCGGAACUCGGGGUGCUGCUGAAGCCAUUUGGACCUGAGAAGGUUUCCCCUAGAGAAACUGCGAUUUGGUUGGCGAAGAGCUUCAAAGAGACUGCAGUAUAGAAGAAAAAUAUCACGGUCGCUUUCGAGUUGUACAUGAUACGUAACUUUGUUUUUCUGUUAGAAAAUUUAGGGCGGUGUCUUCACACCUGAAGGCAGUUAAGAAGUGGCGUUAUGGAGUGGAAUUGAUGUCCACUGAUAGGCCGUGUUUGAACUGGAAUGAUGAAUGAAAGAAGAUGAAAAUGAAAUUCUUCUA